UUUCAUUGCACAUUUUGCCAGCUUGAAAAAAUCUUGUUUGGAGAAACUCGGGCAACUGAUGGAUGAGUACAAGGAAGAUAUUAAGCAGUUUUAUUUUUUGGAUACAUUGGAUUUGUUUAAAAGAGCCAUCGUUCAUCCGAAUGCGCAUGGUUCCAAUUCCUUGAAAAAGGUUCUUCCUGCACUUUGUCCAGACUUUCAGUACGGCGUCUUUGGUGAGGAAGUAAGUGGAGAUGAUAUUGACGCAGCGGACAUGGAUGGCGGUAAUGGUGGUAGGCAAGAUGAGCAGAAGGGCGAAAACGCUAUGGGUGUGUAUCGCCUGUGGUAUCACCACGAGGGUGGGGGUUCGCUUAAGGAUCUUCAUCAAGUUUCCAUGAGAGAUUCUCAACGUCGAAGUGCGAAGGGUAAAUCUGAGCACGCGGGGAGCACGGAACUGGUCUUACCGCCAGCUCGGCAAGACUUUCGAGAGAAGGCGUGGGCGCUAUUGCGGAUUCAACUUUUAGAGUACUGCUCACUUGACACCAAGGCCUUGUAUGAAAUCAUGCGGCAGGUGUGGCGUGAGAAGGAGUCGGUGAAGGGAAUCAAGCCGGACAAGGGCGGCUGGGUCAUGGCAACCCCGCUCUCUCGGGAGUUUGAAUUGUGA